AUGGAGGCUUUAGACGGGCCGGUGCUGUUUCGUGUCGCGGAAUUUACCGGCGAUGCGGUUACCACCAUCGCGAACAUCGCCUCCGUCUCCCGCGCCUUCGCUCGUGUCGCCCGCUCGGAGCUGUGGCCGCGUUACUGCCUCGCGCGCGCCGCGCUUGCGGAAGUCGGCGAGGCGGCGGCGGUAGCGGCUGUGGCGGCGCGGCUGGUGCGCGAGGCGGGCAGCGCCGAUGCGCCGCGAAACGCGGCGAGCAGCCUGGCGCGCUGCAUGAGUGCGUGCCCGGGCGUGAUUCGCGCCUGCUCCAUCGCGCUGCGACUGAACGCGGCGGCUGAGGCGAAAUCGGCCGAGGCAGAAUCGGCUAAUGCAGAAUCUGGGCCCGAGUUGGGACGGCGGUCGCGGUGGCCCGAGGAAGACUCAACAGAAUCGUGGAGCGAGACGGAGGAGGAAACCAGCGCAGACGGGGGAAGCGUGGGUGCGGGAGGCGGUAAGGGAAGUGACGACGCCAAUCCCCAUGUCAGCGAUUCCUGUGCCCUCUGCACCGCCCUCGCCACUCAGAUUUUUCUGGACGAGUGCUUCCUCCCCGCCCCUCCUUUCCACCCAUCGCCGCUCUUUUUGGGCGAGGUGGAAGGGGACAAAAGGGGGGAAGCUAGGGAGGAAGAUGGGGGGGAAGGGAACGAAAGGGGGAAAGCAGAGGCUGAGGAUGAGGAGGAGGAGCGUUGUGAGGUGGUGCGGGGAGCGAUUGCUGGGUUCAGGCACUCGCGAUUCCACAGCCUGCUGCAAGGCCAGGCGUUUGCUGCAAGCACCUGCCCCUUCUGCCACGACCCGGCAUGGAGCGCUACCGCUCUGCUGAAACCGACGGCUCACGUUGCGUUGGGUUGCGAUGAGGGCGAUGCCUGCUGCUUCAUCUGCACCCAG